UGGCGGCGUCCCGCGGCAGCCGGCGCCGGGGGGAACACGUGUCCCGGCCCGCGGGGCCCGGGGGCAGCCGGCACCGGGGCUACGGGGGAGCUGGAACCGGCCGCUGCGGGAGCCGUGCCCGGCAGGCCCGUGCUGCAGCCCUGGGGCAACGAGGGGCCGUGCGCGCUGAGGCCCCUCGGGCCGGCACCAGGACACCCCGGUGUGACGCUUUAUGGUGCCCCCCCCUCCGGCGCCACGGGCCCCGGUCCUGCUGUCCCGCCUCAGCCGCAAGCACCAAGGCCGCGGGCUUGGCCGAGCGCGGGAGCCGCCGGCCUUGACCUCCCGGCGUUCCCGCCUCAAGCCCCGCGGCGGGGCCGCGCCGCGGGCCGCUACAUAAGCCCCGGCCUGCCGCCGCCGCCCGGUUGCGCGCCAUGGCCGCCGUGGGGGGCCGGUGCUGGGCCCGGGGGAAGGGCUGCGGCGGGCCGGGGGGCAGCGCCUGGCGCGGCCUGACGCCCCCCCUGCCCUCAGCGUCCCCGGGGCUCCAGCGGCGGCUGUCCUCGGCCGCUCCCGCGCCGCGCCUCUGCGUGGUGGGCAGCGGGCCCGCGGGCUUCUACACGGCUCAGCACGUCCUCAAGCACCACGGCGGGGCCCAAGUGGACAUCUAUGAGAAGCUGCCUGUUCCCUUUGGGCUCGUCCGUUUUGGGGUGGCCCCAGACCACCCCGAGGUGAAGAACGUGAUCAAUGCCUUCACGCAGACAGCGCGCUCGGAGCGCUGUGCCUACUACGGAAAUGUCACCGUGGGGAGGGACGUCAUGGUGGCCGAGCUGCAGCAGGCUUACCACGCCGUGGUGCUGAGUUAUGGUGCUGAAGAUAACCGGGUCCUGGGGAUCCCAGGUGAGAACCUCUCCGGUGUUUAUUCGGCCCGAGAGUUCGUGGGCUGGUACAACGGGCUACCCGAGAACCGGGAUCUGAAGCCCAACCUGAGCUGUGAGACGGCGCUGAUUCUGGGUCAUGGCAAUGUGGCGCUGGAUAUUGCCCGGAUCCUCCUGUCCCCGCUGUGCCUCCUCAGGAAGACAGACAUCACUGACAGCUCCCUGGCAGCUCUCGCCUGCAGCAAGGUGAAGCGUGUCUGGCUGGUUGGGAGGAGGGGACCUCUCCAAGUUGCUUUCACUAUCAAGGAGCUGCGGGAGAUGAUAAACCUGCCUGGUACCAGACCUGUCCUGAACCCUGCUGACUUCACAGGCCUCAAAAAUGCUGUUAAAGAUGCUCCCAGGCCCAGGAAGCGACUGACUGAGCUGAUGAUCAAAACAGCCCUGGAGAAGCCUGAGGAGAAGACUAUGGAGGCACAGGCAGCGGCACCCCGGGCGUGGGGUCUGAAGUUCCAGCGCAGCCCCCAGGAGGUGCUGGCCACUGCUGAUGGGAGGCAGGCGAGGGGCAUCCGCCUGGCCCUGACCCGGCUGGAGGGCUCGGGUGACUCUGCCAAAGCCGUCCCCACUGGAGAUGUGGAGGAGCUGGAGUGUGGGCUGGUGCUCAGCAGCAUCGGCUACCGGAGCCUGCCGCUGGACCCGGCGGUACCCUUCGACACCCAGCGUGGUGUUAUCCCCAACAGCUCAGGCAGAGUGGAGGGUGUCCCAGGUCUGUACUGCAGCGGGUGGGUGAAGAGAGGACCCACAGGUGUGAUCAUCACCACCAUGAAUGACAGCUUUGACACGGCCCAGUCUGUGCUGGAGGAUCUCAAGAUGGGCGUGCUGGACGUGUCCGCCUCCAGAGAAGGCUUUGGGGCCGUGGAGAGCAUCCUGCACAGCCGAGGGGUCCGUCCUGUUUCCUUCUCGGACUGGGAGAAGAUAGAUGCUGCUGAAGUGGCAAGAGGCAAAGCUGCUGGCAAACCCCGAGAGAAGAUAGUGGAUCCUCAGGAGAUGCUGCAGCUGAUCGGUCACUAAAGCAGCAGUGAUGCAUGGCACUGGUCCAGCUGGUACUAUCCUGUGGCAAUGCCAGCAGGUUACUGGGAGCACCAGCAGGUUACUGGGAGCGCAGGGUUUGUGCCCUGGGGCUGGUGGCCACUGGAGAGGUGUGUGACACUUUAACCUCUCCAGUUAAUGAUGAACUCUGGGUUCCCAAAGUGAAUGUCUCAAAACAUCUGAGGCUGCUGGCUGGCCCCGCAUCUCUGCAGCUGGCUGCCGCUCCUGGGGGUGAUUCUUGUCACUUGUGUCCUUCCAGCAUUAAUGCAUUGGCUGGCGCGGGCAAGGGGAGAUGUGCACCUGGCAGGGGUCUUGGCCAGGUGCUUUCCCCAGGACAAGUCACACACAGAAACUUCCUUGUGUCUUGCUGCGUCCCCUUUAAGCCUCCAGCCAAAUGGUUGCCUUGUCAUUUGUGCCCAAGCAGUCGUCUUUUAAUAAUAAUUGUUUUUUAAAUAAACCUUUCCAGGAAAGCUAAAUUGGA